UCAUCUUCAUCCGCCGACUUCCGGGCUAUUCCUCCUUCCAGAAGAAGCGUGUUGAAGAUGGCGGAGAAAACCUCAGUGCCGAGUGAUCUUUACAAAUGCGUGUAUUCAUUCCUGCGGGAUAACAAGUUCGCCAAGGCAGCGGAGCAGUUUCUGAAGCAGACCAAAGUGACUCCACAAGAUGAGAACGAAGAAAACCUCGUUAACAUCUUCAACUUCUGGGUGAAGUCUCCUGAGGCCAAGAAAAGGAAAGCGCCUUCUAAUAAGGAUGGAGCUGCAAGCGGUUCCUCAUCCAAGAAAGCGAAAACCACAACAGAGAGCUCCAGCAGUGAUGACUCAAGCAGCGAGGAUGAAGGAGCUGUUGCAAAACCAACGAAGACAGCCACUGCAGCUGCUACUAAGGUCCCUGCUAAAGCAGCUGCAGCUCCUAAAGCUGCAUCCAGCAGCAGUGAGGACUCCAGUGACUCUGAGGAGGAAAACAAGGCUCCUGCAAAGGCUCCAGUGAAGCAGGUCACUCCCGCUCCUGCUGCAGGAAGCACAAGAAAAAAGGACAGCAGCUCUAGCAGUGAAGAAUCUGACUCUGAUGAUGCACAGCCUGCAAAAGCCCCUGCGUCAAAAGCCAAACCAGGGGCAGUGACAGAAUCUAAACCAUCUGCUCCUGCUAAAGGUGCUGCAGGAAAGAAAAAGCAGGAGUCCAGCAGCAGUGAAGAUAGUUCCUCUGACUCUGAAGAUGACAAACCAGCUAAGGCUCCAGUUAAAGCCGCUCCAGUUAAAGCUGCUCCAGUCAAAGCUGUUGCAGCUGAAUCGAGCAGUGAAGACUCUUCAUCUGAAGAUGAGGCUCCUCCCAACAAAAAACCCAAACCUGGAGCAUACAGUGCGGUUCCACCUCCUGCGUCAAUCCAGAAAGCACCAACUAAACCAGCACCGAGCAAGGCCAACCCCGCUGUGGCCAAAGCUGCUGCAAAGAAGCAGGAAUCAAGCUCUGAAAGCUCAGAUUCAAGCUCUGAUGAAGAGGAGGCAAAGAAGCCACCAGCCAAAGUCACCCCAGCUAAACCUGUACCUGCUAAGGCUGCAUCUGCUAAAAAGGAUGAUUCAGAUGAAGAUUCAUCAAGUUCAGAGGAUGAAGAGGAGGCAAAGAAACCUGCAGCAAAGGUGACCCCAGCAAAGAAGGUCAAAGCUAAACCUGCACCUGCCAAGACCACCCCAGCUAAAAAAGACGAGUCCUCAAGCUCAGACAGCAGCUCUGAAGAUGAGGCUCCUGCCACUAAAACUGCAGCCCCAGCAAAACCUCCUGCUGCAUCCAAACCCCCAAGCAAGGUGGUAGAGAGCAGCUCGGAUUCCUCCUCUGAUGAGGAAGAGCCAGCAGCCAAACCAGCUGUCAAGCCAGCCACCCCAGCUUCAAAGCCUGCUACACCUGCUGCAAAGCCUGCUCCUGCCGCAGAGAGCAGUUCUGACUCUGACUCAUCCUCUGAGGAUGAAGAACCAGUCAAGUCUAAACCUGCAACCCCAGCUUCAAAGCCUGCUACACCAGCAGCAAAGCCUGCUGCUGCAGCAGAGAGCAGCUCAGACUCAUCUUCUGAGGAUGAAGAACCAACAGUGAAAGCCAAGCCAGUAGCAGCUGCUAAACCUGCUACCCCAGCCAAGAAGGCUGUUACACCUGCAGCAAAGCCUGCUACUGCAGCAGAGAGCAGCUCAGACUCAUCUUCUGAGGAUGAAGAACCAACAGUGAAAGCCAAGCAAGUAGCAGCUGCUAAACCUGCUACCCCGGCCAAGAAGGCUGUUACACCUGCAGCAAAGCCUGCUACUGCAGUAGAGAGCAGCUCAGACUCAUCUUCUGAGGAUGAAGAACCAACAGUGAAAGCCAAGCCAGUAGCAGCUGCUAAACCUGCUACCCUGGCCAAGAAGUCUGCACCCGCCAAGAAGGCUGUUACACCUGCAGCAAAGCCUGCUGCUGCAGCAGAGAGCAGCUCAGACUCAUCUUCUGAGGAUGAAGAACCACCAGUGAAAGCCAAGCCAGUAGCAGCAGCAGCUAAACCCGCUACCCCGGCCAAGAAGUCUGCUGCAGCAAAGCCAGCAGCAGAGAGCAGCUCAGACUCAUCUUCUGAGGAUGAAGAACCACCAGUGAAAGCCAAGCCAGUAGCAGCGGCAGCUAAACCCGCUACCCCGGCCAAGAAGUCUGCUGCAACAAAGCCAGCAGCAGAUAGCAGCUCAGACUCAUCUUCUGACGAUGAAGAACCACCAGUGAAAGCCAAGCAAGUAGCAGCUGCUAAACCUGCUACCCCAGCAAAAAAGCCUGCUACACCUGCAUCAAAGCCUGCAGCAGCAGAGAGCAGCUCAGAUUCUGACAGCUCAGCCUCUGAGAAUGAGGCCACCAAACCUGCAGCCAAGAAGCAAGCUCCAGCUAAAGUAGUGGUCCAGAAACCUGCUGCUGCUAAGACCCCUGCUGAAUCCAGUGAUGACAGCUCCAGUGAUGAGGAAGAACCCAAGAAGGUAGCACCGCCACCCAAACCCACAGCCACAAAGGCUGCUGCUGCUCCAGCAAAGAAGGCCAAAGAGAGCAGCUCUGAAUCUUCAGAUAGCUCUGACUCCGAGACCAAGGUCACCCCUGCUAAACCUGCAGUCACAAACGGCAAAGCAGCAACACCCAAGACAACCAGUGCAGCAGCCAAGACUCUGGCAAAGAAAGGAGAAUCAUCCAGUGACAGUAGCUCUGAGGAGGAGGAAGAGGCCAAAAGUACAAAAGUGACAAAGGCUCAAAAACCUGCUCCAAAAGCAAAGACAACUCCAGCAGCUAAAGCCAAAGAGAGCAGCAGCUCCUCAGAAAGUUCAUCAGACGAGGAGGAAGCACCCCAAAAAGCAGCCACAGUGCCCAUCACUCCCACUGAAAACGGUACCAACGGAAAGAGAAAAAGGGAUGAAGAAUCUUCAGAAAGUGAAGAGGAAGAGACGGAGGUUGUGACACCAAAAAACAAAAAGGCAACAACUACGCCUCAGACUUUCCCUAAAGCCAACAAAAAGUCUUCCAACGUACCUUUCCGUAGAAUAAGAGAGGAGGACGUUGAUUUGGAUCCCCGUCUUGCAGACAACUCCUUUCACGCAAAGUUUGGAGCCAAAGGGGACUGGGGAGAGAAAGCAAACGAUGUGCUCAAGUUCACAAAAGGCAAGUCAUUCCGCCACGAGAAGACAAAAAAGAAGAGGGGAAGCUACCGCGGCGGUGCCAUCUCCACCACGGUCAACUCUAUUAAGUUUGACAGUGAUUGAGCGCCUCAUCUUCCCGAUUCCUCACACCUGAACUCUUGUUGUCCCUGUGUGAUAAAGACUACCGGUUGUCUGGUUCGUCCCUCCACAUCCAGUAUGUCGUCCCCGCCCCGCAGUUCAGUGACCGAGAAAUGAGAAACCGUAAAACCUGAGCCAGCACCAAGCGUUUUGUUAGUAGCUGCUCUGGGUUUGUUAUGGAGACAGUCAUCAGACAGUUGUCUGAUGAGGCAACAGGAGAAGGUUGUACCCAACUGUGAAUACAGACUCUGCCGUUUGACAUCUGCAUGACAUCGUUACACUUAUAGCCACUAGGUGGCUGCACACCACCUGCUGAUGGUAGAAUUCUAGUCUCUGUUGGGCCCUUUUUCAUUUUGAUUUAAUGUAUGUUGCGCUUGAAUGAUUUUCUUCUUUUUUUGGGGGGGAGGGGGUAACUAACUUCAUUAUGUGUAUGAAUGACAAACAUCCCAAGUCUUCAUUAUGUUUAUGAAAAGGGCUAUUAACUUUAGUGGAUCUGAUUCUAAAUGGUUAGUGGAUCACGUUUAAAUGGGAGCGGGUGUGUACUUGGGCUUUUUUUUCCUUACUUUUACAUACAUACAUACAUUUGAGUAGAGCUUUUUAUACUGUGUAUUUAUUAAGUUUUAUUCCAUUUUGACCUUUAGGACCUCCAUUGCUUGUUCCAAGCUAAUUUCAAGCCAUUUUGCAUUUGUUCGUUGUGACGUUAGGAUGCCCCAGUCAAACCCGUCGUUCCUCUGUUUAUUAUUGGUAUUGAUUUAAUCGUUCAUAAAUUUAACAGCGAUCCAUUAUUUUUCUCAUUUGAAUUUACUGUAUGUACUUGUAAUUUUUACUUCUACUUUGUGUAGCUGUAAUUAAAGACCCAAGAAAUCAAA